AUGGACUCCCACCCCCUCACCGACCGCACCAACACCCACCUCGCUCAAGACACCGAGAAGUUGAACGAGCUCAAGGCCGCCCCCGCCAAGAUCAACUCGAUGGAAUAUCAUCGUCAGGUGUUGCAGGGCAAGCUGGAGAAUGGCGAUAAGAACCAAGCAAGCUACGUCUCUCCCUCGGAUGAUAUCAUGAGUCCGUGCUCCAAGAAGUUGAGCGAUCUGAAGGGCAAGCGGUUUAAGAAUGCCGGCAAACCCCAAUCCCUGUUCGCCAAGCUCGGCAAGAAGAAUUUCGAACAGCAGUCGUCGGCCCAGAAAGAAAACACCGAGGCAUGA